UCAAAUGUACUAGCCUUAGUAUUACUUGCUUUGUAAGCUGUAACUAGGAAAACAAGACCCUAUAAAUACACAUCGUUACACCCACAGAUCUCAACACCUUCUCAAGAUAUCACACAAAGAGUAAAAUCUCAUUCGGAAGAAUCAAUGGCAAACAACAACAAUCCGUUUUCAAUGUCAACAAUGCUCAAUUCUUUACAAGACACCGAGAAGAAGAAUCCGGCGGUUCCUCCUCCUCCUCCGCCGUAUGGCGUCGUCACCCUCGCCACUCCUCCGGGAUACGCUCCACCUCCACCGACCUAUCAUCCAUGCCCUUGCGGAUUCUGCGACGAGACGCCUUCGCAGUGGAUGUUCCGUUUGAUGACCAGGAGCGAAGAAGAAGACGCUGCGUAUCCGUUCAAGGAGUUCAUCUCGAAGCUGAGCAAAACAGAUCUUCAAGGGAUCGCGUCUUUGCUGACGUCAGACCCCGACUACUUCUUGGCCAUCGCAAGAAACAAGAACGGCUCCAACCGCCUUCAGAGACUCAUCGGAAAAUCGGACGACGUGGACGAGCUAAUCUGCGCCGCUAUCUUGUACCGUUUCCUCCACGUCAUGACGGACAAGCACCCGUCCUACGUGGCGACGCGGGGGUUGCGAGUGUUCGCCGGGAAGAAGAAAGAGUUCUUGUGCGAGGAACUCAUCCGCAACGCGCUUCUCAUCGCGCGUGACCGACACGGCUGCGUCGCGCUCAACGAGAUGCUAACCGACUUGGACCAUCCUUACUACAGGAACCAGCUGCUGGACGUGGUCGCGCACGACGCUCUCUCGCUAAGCCACGAUGCCUCGGGCAACUUUGUGAUACAGCACGCGCUUAAACUAAACGAUCCGCGAACCACGCGCAACGUCGCGCUCAGUCUACGUGGCCACUGUAUCGAUCUGUCGUUUAAGAAGUAUGGGAGCUACAUAGUGGAGCGGCUUUUGGACGCGAACGAGUCGGUGGCUGUGGUGGUGAUGGAGCUUGUGGAGAGCGAUGGAGACAGGCUGAUGAGGCUGGCGAGGAGUGAGUUUGGGAAUUACGUGAUUGCCAAGGCAUUGAGAGUCACGCAGAAGAGGAUGGCUAGGGUUGAACUGUUUCGUGAUUUGGUGCAGAAGCUCAUGCCUUUUCUCACUUUCUUGCGCAAAUCUCGUGGAAGCAACAUUGCAGACUUCUUGGAGUCGGUUCGUGAAAACUGAAGUAGCUUAGCUUUUGUCUUAAAGUAGUUAACGAAAUCUCGUAGAAGUUUUUUUGUGUGUUUUGAAGUUUUCAGCUACUGUUUUGUGUAAUGAAUAGUCUGAUUUGUUUUCAGUAAAAUCGUUCAAAAACUA